CACCGGAGCUCUGUGAUUGGUCAGCUGGUGACUGUCAAACUCCUCCCCCUAGUUGCCACUGCCACCGCAACCCAGCGGAGUCAGCAGCCAGCCAGCCAUCCAGCGGCAAGUUUUCGGGCAAGCUAUUAAACUAAGGCUCAGGAAAAGCCCGAAAAUGAGUCAGUGGAAGGAACGCUUCGUGACUCUGCUCCAUGAGAAAAACUUUGUGACAGAUCAGUUGGCGACGCUGGAACAAAAAUCGGGAGUAAAGAGAGAAUAUAUCGCUUUGGGUGUUCUGAGUUUGGUCGGGCUGUAUCUUCUGUUUGGAUAUGGAGCGUCAUUGCUCUGCAACCUGAUUGGCUUUGCCUAUCCAGCAUAUUUCUCUAUCAAGGCCAUUGAGAGCAGUGUGAAGGAGGAUGAUACACAGUGGCUGACCUACUGGGUUGUUUAUGGACUCUUCAGCAUCGCCGAGGCCUUUUCUGACAUCUUCCUCUUCUGGUUCCCCUUUUACUAUAUUGGCAAGUGUUUGUUCCUGGUAUGGUGCAUGGCUCCGGUGACGUGGAACGGCUCUGCGGUCUUGUACAACCGUGUGAUCCGGCCAUUUUUCUUGAAGCACCAGGCUACCAUGGACAGUGUGGUCAGCGAUCUGAGCGCCAGGGCUAAGAACAUAACUGAGACCGUGACAAAGGAGGGUGAGAUACCCACAGUGUACAUCUGUUAACCGGGCCCUCAACCAUGACAAGGACCAGUGAGAAACAUGGGAAGGCUUUGUGUGUGUGUGUGUGUAUAUGUAUAUGUAUAUGUGUGUGCGUGCAUGUAUGUUUGUUUGGCUGGUUGAAAGACAAUUAUAUUGAUCAACCCCCAUGUCAUAUGGUGAACUGAAGCUUUACACUUGUUAAAAUAAAUAAUAGCAUGUUUGUGCGUCAUCAUCAGUUUACUGCCAUCGGUACUGCUAAGACAAUCGGAGAAACUGUGAUCUUUUUAUGUGAUCUUUGUUGUAGUGUGAAAGAUAUUAAUUCAUAGCAAAGGUUAUGAUUGUAUGCAACACUGGCGGUGCAGUCAAUAUUAUUGUCCAAUUGAGCCAUUUGUGCCAGAGAACGGAGGCUGACAACAUUACGGUUAUAAAAACAGGUUGCCUUCAAAUGUUUUCACUAACGACAUUUUCUAACAUUGUUAAUCUUAACUGGAACUUGUACAUGUCAUUAAUGUGUUCUUGCUGUUAAAUGCCUCACUAUUUAUGUGCCAAGCAGCAUUUAAAGUCUGUUUGAGCUGUUGGAAGGUUCUCUGUCUUUCGUUGCACGUCUUCUGCCUUUUGAUAUGUCUUAAUGUAUCUUCUCACAAUGAUGACAUAAUAAAACUGGAACCUUAAUCAACUGAA